AUGGAAGCUGGAAGACAAAGGCGCACACGGGAGUACUGGUGGAUGAUCAUCUGUUUCUGUUUUAUUCUUUGCUUCGGGCAGCAGCUUUCAGCUCAAAUAAGAUACUCAAUUCCAGAGGAAGUAAAAGAGGGAUUUGUUGUAGGAAAUAUUGCAAAGGACCUGGGACUUGAUGUGAGCAGUUUGAUGGACAGACGGUUUCGUAUCGUUUCAGGAUCGGAUGAUUCGCAUUUCGUGGUAAAUCCGAACAAUGGUGUCCUGCGUGUUCAAAGAAAAAUCGACAGAGAGGAGCUGUGUGAUGGUAUCGGAGCAUGCUUGAUUAAUCUAAAAAUAGUGGUGGAAAAUCCACUUGAGAUUCAUUAUAUUGCUGUUGAAAUAACUGAUGUUAAUGAUCACUCGCCAACAUUCACAGAAAAAGAAAAGCGUUUAGAAAUCUCCGAAAACACUCUUGCAGGGACGCGUUUUCAGCUGCAAGCUGCGCGUGACCCUGAUAAUGGAGUGAAUUCUGUGCGCUUGUAUAAAUUAAGUCAAAACGAGCAUUUUGAGUUAGAAAUAAGAGACCGGGCAGAGGACAAACUGCCUUUUCUGGUUUUACAAAAGCCUCUUGAUCGGGAGAAUAAAGCUGAACAUUAUUUAAUAUUAACAGCAAUAGAUGGUGGCAGUCCGCAAAGAUCAGGAACGCUGAACAUAACAGUAAUUGUGCUUGACGUAAAUGACAACCGUCCUUUGUUUAGCCAUGAUGUGUAUUCUUCAACACUGCAUGAAAACGUGCAAGUUGGAACAUUAGUACUGAAAGUUAUGGCAAGCGAUUCUGAUUUCGGCCCUAAUGGUGAAGUGUCGUACUCAUUUGGGGGUGACAACAGCGACAACAUAUUUCACAUCUUUAGCUUGGAUCGAUUAACUGGGGAAAUACGAGUAACUGGAGAGGUUGACUUUGAAAAGAACAAUGUUUAUAAACUGGAUAUACAGGCAGUUGACAGUGGACAGCCGCCUUUAAACACAGAUUGUAGAGUAAUUAUAAAAAUACUUGACUUAAAUGAUAAUAAGCCUACUAUUGAAGUGACGUCACUAUCAAACGUCGUGUCUGAGGAUUCCAAGCCAGGUACUCUAAUCUCACUCAUUAGCGUUACUGAUAGAGACACUGGUAUUAACGGGAGAGUUGUGUGUUCUCUCUCAGAGCAUGUUCCAUUUGAAUUAAAACCAUCAGUUCAGGAAAACAUGUUCUCUUUAGUGACUAAAGGGAAACUGGAUCGUGAAACUUUAUCACAUUUUGAAAUUACAAUAACAGCUACAGACUUGGGUCAGCCUCCGCUGUCCUCUUAUAAGACUCUGAGCGUGCAGGUGUCAGAUGUCAAUGAUAACCCACCUGAAUUCAGUCUAAAUCCAGUCGAAUUAUAUAUGAUUGAAAACAAUGCUGCAGGAGCGCCCAUUCUCACGCUCAGUGCUUUUGAUAAAGAUCUAAAUGAAAAUGCUAUCAUUUCAUACCAGGUUAUUAAAGGGAAUGGGACACAAAGUGAUAUGACAUCUUUCCUAAAUGUCAAUUCUGAGACAGGCGUAGUUUACGCACUUAAAAGUUUUGACUUUGAAACAGUAAAAAACUUCCAGUUCCACGUGCUCGCCACAGACUCUGGAAGUCCAUCUCUGAGCAGUAACGUGACAGUGAACGUGUUUAUUCUGGAUCAGAACGACAACGUUCCAGUGAUCUUAUAUCCAGUCAGCGCUAACGGUUCUGCUGAGGGUGUGGAAGAGAUUCCCCGUAAUGUGAACGCAGGUCAUUUGGUGACUAAAGUCAGAGCCUAUGACGCAGAUAUAGGAUACAACGGCUGGUUAUUAUUCUCACUGCAGGAAGUUAGUGAGCACAGUCUCUUUGCUUUGGACCGCUAUACAGGACAGAUAAGGACCCUUCGCUCAUUCACAGAAACAGACGAGGCCCAGCAUAAACUGCUCAUACUGGUCAAAGACAAUGGGAACGUUUCCCUCUCAGCAACAGCGACUGUGAUUGUCAAAGUUGUGGAGCCCAAAGAGGCUUUUGCAGCUUCUGAUGAUAAAAAGGCAGUAAAAGACGAGGAGGAAAACAACGUCACAUUUUAUUUGAUCAUCACUUUGGGCUCGGUUUCAGUGCUUUUCGUCAUCAGCAUCAUCGUGUUGAUUGUAAUGCAGUGCUCCAAAUCUACAGACUAUUCGUCCAAGUAUUUACAGGACGCAAAUUAUGACGGGACUCUGUGUCACAGCAUCCAGUACAGAUCUGGAGACAAACGCUACAUGUUAGUUGGACCCAGAAUGAGUAUCGGCUCUACUAUAGCACCAGGCAGUAAUAGGAAUACUCUAGUCAUACCAGAUCGCAGGAGGAGGGAUUCUGGAGAGGUAAGAAUGGCUGAUUCAUUUCAAUUGCAUUCUUUGAUAUAUCAUUUGCAAUUUGAAAUCCUUCAACUAUCUAUAUUUGCAAUGGAAGUCGGAGGACAAUGGCCGUGCUGGCGGAUUACUCUUUCUUUGCUGUUGUGCUUCGGAAAUGUGGUAAGCGCACAGAUAAAAUACAUUGUACCCGAAGAGGUGAAGGAAGGAUCUGUUGUGGGGAAUAUCGCAAAGGAUUUAAGCCUUGAUAUCAGUACUUUGGCACACCGACGUUUUCGUAUUGUUUCUGGACCUGAUGAGCCGCUUUUUCAGGUAAACCAGAACAAUGGAGAGAUGCAUGUCAAUAAGAGAAUCGACAGAGAGAAGCUAUGUGAUGCAAACAUUGUUUGUUCGAUAAGUCUGAAAUGCGUCGUUGAAGAUCCUUUAGAAGUGCAUUACAUAGAGGUUGAAAUAACAGAUGUAAAUGACAACCCACCAAUUUUCCCGAGAUCUGAGCAGCAAUUUGAAAUAGCCGAGCAUACGCUUUUGGGAACCCGUUUCCAAGUACAAUCUGCCAGAGACCCUGACUUGGGAAUAAAUUCGGUCCGACAUUAUAAAUUAAGUCAGAAUGAGCUGUUUGAUAUUGACGUUCGGGAAAGACAUGAAACUAAAAUACCAUUUUUAGUCUUAAAAAAAGCGUUGGACAGAGAACGACAAAGCAAACAUAUACUCACUCUGACAGCCACGGAUGGUGGAAGUCCGCCGAAAUCAGGGACUCUGAAAAUCUCUGUCAUUGUUUUGGAUAUAAAUGAUAAUCGCCCUAUCUUCGGUCGAGACUCAUAUUCUGCAACAGUUUUGGAAAAUGCACCUCUCGGCACUGUUGUAAUUACUAUAAACGCAACUGAUUUAGAUGAUGGGAUGAAUGGCGAAAUCGAGUACUCCUUAGGCGAAAAUUUGGAUGGAAAAAUGCACGACUUAUUUACGCUUAACAAGAAGACAGGUGAAUUACAAGUUAAAGGGAAAAUAGACUUUGAGGAAGCGGGUGUGUUUAAACUAGACGUGCAGGCAUCAGAUAAAGGCCAGCCUCCUCUUAUAGCUGAAGCCGAACUCAACAUUAAAGUCACAGAUAUUAAUGAUAACGCUCCUGAAAUUGAGAUAACAUCCCUUUCUAGUGUUAUAUCGGAAAAUGCAAAUCCUGGAACCGCUAUAGCUUUAAUCAGCGUUUCAGACAAGGACUCUGGUGUUAAUGGGAAAAUAAUUUGUACAUUAACUGAAAACAUGCCAUUUGAGCUGAAACCAUCCUUUAAGGAGAACAUGUAUUCACUAGUGACAAAAGGUAGUUUAGAUAGAGAAGCAACGUCACUGUAUGAAAUCACUGUAACAGCCCUUGAUUUAGGAAAGCCACCUUUGUCUUCUUGUAAAGUAUUAAAUAUACAGGUCUCUGAUGUAAAUGAUAACCCGCCAGAGUUUACCCAAAAUUCAUUUGAGCUUUAUUUGUCUGAAAACAAUGUCCUUGGUGCUUCUAUAUUUUCUGUUUCUGCCUUUGAUAAAGACUUAAAUGAAAAUGCUGCGAUUGCUUAUAAUCUGCAUCAAGGUGAUCUGACAUUCCUGAAUAUUAAUUCAGAAACGGGAGUUAUAUAUGCACUGAAAAGUUUUGAUUAUGAAACCACCAAGACAUUUCACUUCCAAGUUUUUGCUGCAGACUCUGGAAGUCCAUCUCUGAGCAGUAACGUGACAGUGAACGUGUUUAUUCUGGAUCAGAACGACAACGUUCCAGUGAUCUUAUAUCCAGUCAGCGCUAACGGUUCUGCUGAGGGUGUGGAAGAGAUUCCCCGUAAUGUGAACGCAGGUCAUUUGGUGACUAAAGUCAGAGCCUAUGACGCAGAUAUAGGAUACAACGGCUGGUUAUUAUUCUCACUGCAGGAAGUUAGUGAGCACAGUCUCUUUGCUUUGGACCGCUAUACAGGACAGAUAAGGACCCUUCGCUCAUUCACAGAAACAGACGAGGCCCAGCAUAAACUGCUCAUACUGGUCAAAGACAAUGGGAACGUUUCCCUCUCAGCAACAGCGACUGUGAUUGUCAAAGUUGUGGAGCCCAAAGAGGCUUUUGCAGCUCCUGAUGAUAAAAAGGCAGUAAAAGACGAGGAGGAAAACAACGUCACAUUUUAUUUGAUCAUCACUUUGGGCUCGGUUUCAGUGCUUUUCGUCAUCAGCAUCAUCGUGUUGAUUGUAAUGCAGUGCUCCAAAUCUACAGACUAUUCGUCCAAGUAUUUACAGGACGCAAAUUAUGACGGGACUCUGUGUCACAGCAUCCAGUACAGAUCUGGAGACAAACGCUACAUGUUAGUUGGACCCAGAAUGAGUAUCGGCUCUACUAUAGCACCAGGCAGUAAUAGGAAUACUCUAGUCAUACCAGAUCGCAGGAGGAGAGAUUCUGGAGAGGUAAGAAAGGCUGAUUCAUUUCAAUUACAUUCUUUGAUAUGUAAAUGA